UACGUUUCCCAGGUGACUUUGCGCGCUUCUUGCACGUGAUGGCUAGUGUUGUUCUUGUGACAGUUCUUUAUUAUUUUCUUUGAAAAAAUGUUUGUUUGUUUUUUGCUCGCAUUUCUGAGGGGUUUAGGAUGUGUAGCGGAACGUGUUGUGGAUAAUGUUGGGGUUUGGUGCAUCGUUUAAUACUGUGUGAGGAGGAACAACGAGAGAGUGUUAUCAGAUGGUCCCGUGCUCUUGAAUGUUUAGCACGUUGACAGUCCGCGACCUGGCACUUUAAUGAUAAACAUCGUUGAUCUGAGUCAACGAUUUAAUAUUGAUAUUACAUUUAUAUUAAUGAUAAUUAAUAAGAGCAGAUAUCUGAAGUGAGCGCAGUCAUGGAGAGCCCACACCUACCUAUUGAGAUUAUCUCCUACAUAUUGAGUUACCUUCAUGUAACGGAUCGAAAGGAGGCGUCACUGGUCUGUAAGAGUUGGUACGAAGCAAGCCAAGACCACCGGUUUCAGAAAAAUGCCACCUUCAAGUUCCAUGUUUCCACAUCUUCACUGGAUUUUAUCCGUGCACUUGCAAGGCGCCCUCGCUGUGGCCUAGUCAUCAGUCAUCUUGAUGGAUCCAGCCUGUCAAGACAAGUACUUUUGGAAGUGGGGCUUCACCUAGGCCCUCACUUGGACAGUUUGGCUCUACCGGGCAGCAGCAUCACAGAGUCUUCCCUGCUGGGCCUCCUACCACAUCUGACCGGCCUCCGCAAGCUGGACCUUCACGGGCUGGACAGCCUCUUCAUGUCUGGGGCUUUUCUGUCAAGACAGGAGCACCGUCGACAGGUGGGGAACGCUUUGAGGAACCUGGAGGAACUGGAGUUGUCUGAUCUUCGCUACCUCUCCGAUCUCUCUUUCAACCGGCUGACGAGUUGCACGCCCAGGUUGCGCGGUCUGGCCCUGGCCGGAUGCCACAUCGCUUUCGAGUUUGACCCAUACCGAGGUAGCCCUGUUGGGUCCGGCUCCUCGGCUCUAGUUUCCCUCCGUAACCUCCUGACUCUCUUGCAGAAGCAGGCCUGUACGCUCCACAGCCUGGACUUGAGUCGCACCAGCAUCACCCCCGAAUCCCUCCGCUCCAUAGCUCAGGUGCCCGGCCUCCGUCUGGAGGAUCUGAGUCUACGCGGCUGUAAAGAGCUGACCGACUACUCCAUAGAAAUCCUCUGCAAGCACCAGAACGGCCUGAGGACGCUGGACCUCGGCGCGUGCACUGAGUUGACCAGUAGGACGGUGCUGGCGGUGUCCACUGAGCUGAAGGAUCUGCAGUCGCUGACCCUCUCACAGGACUGGAAGAUAACAGAUGAAGGCCUGACCGAGCUGAUGGCGCUGCCGUGCUUGAGGACUCUGGAUCUGUCGGAGUGUCUGCAUGUCAGCGGGACAGACCUGGUGAAGGGACUGUCCUGUCCACAGCCCAGGGCGCAGCUGCAGGCCCUUAGCCUUAGAAACUGCUCAUACAUAAGGGACACAGUCAUGUUCUCCCUGACGCAGUUGCUGGGCAGUAACCUGAGAAAGCUGGACCUCACCUCCUGCGUCUAUCUCACUGACCUCAGUGUUCAUGCCAUCGCAAACUAUCUCCCUGCGCUGCUGGUGCUGCGGCUCGGCUGGUGCAAAGAGAUCUCUGACUGGGGGCUGCUGGGGAUGGUGGAGCCCACCAAAAAUUGUGAACCAAGAGACAAAGAGGAUGAUAAAGGCCCAAGCUUUACUAGGACAUUUGGAAACAUGGGCUUUUUCCAGCCUCCCAGCCUGCCUUUCCAGGAGAAGCCACGUCUCGUAACCGAUGAGGACCUGGGGGCGUUUAGAGAUCAGGAAGGAGCAUCACUGCUGGCCCUCAGGGGUCUUCAGGAACUGGACCUGUCGGCCUGCUCGAAGUUAACCGACACCAGUAUCACACAGGUACUCCGUUUCCCAGACCUGCAGCGUCUCUCGCUUUCCAUGCUGCCUGAGAUCAGCGACGACAGCUUGGUGUCCGUAGCUCUUCACUGCCGCAACCUCACGAGCCUGGCACUCAACCUCUGUCCCCAGAUCAGUGACCAAGGUAUGGCGCGGGCCCUUCCGCUCCUCCACAGACUGCAGCAUCUGUUCCUGGCCUGCUGCGACGCGGUUACAAACGAAACUCUUUCCAUAAUUGCGCUGCACUGCGACAGACUCAGGACCCUCGAUGUGUCCAUGUGCAAGGACAUAACCGUGCACCAGGUGGACCUCCUCCAGUCCCGCCUGCCCUUCCUUGAGAAAGUCCAGUGUCGCUUUGCCAAUGGCACAGAUUUCACUAUUGUACUCUGAUUCUGUAAUACAGUGAAAGUGAAUCAUAUGAAAAUAUAUUUAAAGCACUUUUUACUCAGGUAUAAAAGAGUAAUACAUUUCUAAAUGCUUUAUUUUUUUGCAUAGGACCAUAAUUGUAUUAUUUAUGUGGUGAAUCACUGCUUUUGAAUGUAGGGGUUUCAGCUCUUGUGUUCACACAUUUCAAAUGAUUCCAGUAUAAACAUGAUCUGCUAUUGAUUAGUAGAUAUAAAACUCCAUACUGGCUGUAUUCCAGGCAGUAUAUGUCAAUAAAUUAUUAUAAGAA